CACGCCUCCGUCCUAGAGCUGCCAUUUGGAGGAGAGAGGGAGGUGCCGGCUGUGCUGAAGCCCAUUCCUGAACUCCUGAAAGGAGGAGCCGUGGGAAUUGGAGGGAAGGCUGGAUUAAUGAGGGUGCUGGAGAAUGAAGUGUGAGCUGCUCUUCUCAUCUCCACCUAGAAACUGUGCUCCUUAAUUAGUUCGUUCUCUCAGACUCUUGAACUCAUCCUAUUCUAGAGGAUUUUUUUUUUGUCUCAGUCAAAAGAAUUUAAAAUCUUUCACAAUAUAUUUUUCAUUUGUUUCUUUUUCAAACCAAAGCUCCCUGCAUCAAAUGUGACAGGUGCUUUGGGCCUGAGGAAGGAUUCAUUGAGGAAUCCAAGAGCAAUAACACUUAAGGUAGAGUGAGGUGGCAAAGGAAAGCAGAAAGAAACUACUGAGUUGGAGUGUUCAUGUGUGCGCAUGAAAGGCAGAGAAGGCCUGUGCAGCAAUGGGUCGGAGAGUUUGUGCCAAGGGCUGAGAAGAAGAGACAGCUAGACAUUAGUGGACAACUGAGGCUGCAAUGUGUGUGCGGGGGAGUGUGUUUGUGUGUGAAUUUGUUUGAGAUAGUGUGUUUAUGUGUGAUUGUCUCUUGGAGAGCAGAAUUCUGAGAAUUGGCCAUUAUUGCUGUUCCCUAAUUUUUUUGUUUACGGAGCCACCAGGGUCAGUAUUACCACAGAAAAAGAAGUGAUACUUGGCUUUGGUGAUAGUUUUGGUGGUCAUUGGUGGUGUUUUUUCCCCCCUCUCUGAAUAUUUGAGCUUAUAUAAAAAAAACGACUUUUGUCCCAUCGAAAUGGAUUAUUAUAAGAAUCGCAGCUUGUAAAGGGCCCUCAGAUGGACCAAUUCUAUCUGGAAUACCUUCUCCUCUGAGACACUCCACACAACUCCAUUUCUGUGACUUUCAACUUGUCAUUCUUGAAGACGUCUGCAAUUCCCUGUAGGACUGCAUUCACUUGUUACGACGACAAUCCAUGGCACCCUCUUCCUGACAAGGUCCGCUUCAUUCUGGGGUGCUACAGGCAACAGAAGGCAUCUCCAUGAGGAGCAGUAGAAGAUGCCGGAACUGCCAGCGCUCCUGCUGUCGAUUUACUUCCGCUUCCUGUUAGUUACUGUGGUUACAAUGCCGCCUUCUUCCCUGAGCCAGACCCCUGUUCUGUCAUCCGUUCGGAUGGCUGCAAUUCUGGAUGACAGUUCUGUCUGUGGCCGUGGGGAGCGUUUAGCUUUAGCGUUAGCACGUGAAAGCAUUAACAGUGUAAUGGAGGGCCCAGCUCGUGCUCGUGUGGAGGUCGACAUCUUUGAACUCCAGAAAGACUCGCAGUAUGAGACUACAGAUACCAUGUGCCAAAUUUUGCCAAAGGGUGUUGUCUCUGUAAUUGGCCCCGCAUCCAGCCCUGCCUCUGGUUCCAUAGUCAGUCACAUAUGUGGGGAAAAGGAGAUCCCACAUAUUAAAAUUGGUCCAGAGGAGACUCCACGACUUCCUUACCUGCGCUUUGCAUCUGUAACUCUGUAUCCUAGCAACGAAGACCUAAGCCUGGCCAUUGGAGCCAUCCUACGCUCUUUCAGCUACCCAUCAGCUAGUCUGGUCUGCGCUAAGGCUGAAUGUCUGCUGAGACUAGAGGAGCUGAUAAGGCGUUUUCUGAUCUCUCGUGAGACGCUGUCCAUCAGGAUGCUGGAUGAUAACCUUGACCCCACGCCUUUACUGAAGGAGAUUCGUGACGACAAAAUAGCUACAAUUAUUAUUGAUGCUAACGCAUCAAUAUCUUACCUUAUACUGAAAAAGGCAUCAGAGUUGGGAAUGACGUCAGCAUUUUACAAGUACAUUCUCACCACUAUGGACUUCCCUUUGCUGUGGUUAGAAGAUAUAGUGGAUGAUCAGUCCAAUAUUGUGGGCUUUUCAAUGUUCAACACCUCCCACCCAUUUUACCUGGAGUUUAUCAGGAGCCUUAACCUGUCCUGGAGAGAGGGCUGUGACAUUAACCCGUACCCCGGACCAGCGCUGUCGUCAGCACUACUGUUUGAUGCGGUUCAUGUGGUGGUGAGUGCAGUGCAGGAACUGAACCGCAGUCAGGAGAUUGGUGUCAAACCUCUCAGCUGCACGUCUCCUCAGAUCUGGCAACACGGAACCAGCCUCAUGAACUAUCUGCGAAUGGUGGAGUAUGAUGGACUGACAGGUCGAGUUGAGUUCAACAGCAAAGGCCAGAGGACCAAUUACACCCUCCACAUCCUGGAGAAGCACAGGGGAGGCCACAAAGAGAUUGGGAUUUGGUACUCCAAUAACACUCUGCUGAUGAACUCCACCAGUCUGGACAUCAACUUCUCUGAAACUCUGGCCAACAAGAGCCUCAUCAUCACCACCAUACUGGAGAACCCGUAUGUGAUGAGAAAAGUGAAUUACCAGGAGUUUGAGGGGAACGAGCAGUAUGAGGGAUUUUGUGUAGACAUGUUGAGAGAACUGGCUGAUAUUCUCAAGUUCAACUACCGCAUCAAACUGGUGGAUGAUGGACUGUACGGAGCUCCUGAACCCAACGGCUCAUGGACGGGCAUGGUGGGAGAGCUGAUCAACAGAAAAGCUGAUUUGGCGGUAGCUGCUUUUACCAUUACGUCGGAGAGAGAGAAAGUCAUUGACUUCUCAAAGCCCUUUAUGACCUUGGGCAUCAGUAUUCUCUACAGGGUCCAUAUAGGCAGGAAGCCAGGCUAUUUCUCCUUCCUGGAUCCCUUCUCACCGGCUGUUUGGCUCUUCAUGCUGCUGGCUUACCUUGCUGUCAGCUGUGUGCUUUUCCUUUCUGCUAGGUUAAGUCCGUAUGAAUGGUAUAACCCUCACCCGUGUCUGCGAGAGCGCAGAGACCUGCUGGUGAACCAGUAUACUCUAGGAAACAGCCUGUGGUUUCCUGUAGGUGGCUUCAUGCAGCAGGGAUCUGAGAUCAUGCCCCGAGCUCUCUCCACACGCUGCGUUAGUGGGGUCUGGUGGGCAUUCACUCUUAUAAUAAUCUCCUCAUACACUGCCAAUCUAGCUGCAUUUCUGACAGUGCAGAGAAUGGAAGCACCAAUCGAAUCACCUGAUGACCUUGCUGAUCAAACCAACAUCCAGUAUGGCACCAUUCAUGGAGGAAGCACCAUGACCUUUUUUAUGAACUCUCGUUAUCAAACGUAUCAGAGGAUGUGGAACUACAUGUACUCUAAGCAGCCCAGUGUAUUUGUGAAGAGCACAGAGGAAGGCAUCGCAAGAGUCUUAAACUCUAAGUAUGCUUUUCUCCUGGAGAGCACCAUGAACGAGUACCACCGCAGUCUCAACUGCAAUCUAACCCAGAUCGGAGGCUUGCUGGACACCAAGGGUUAUGGCAUCGGCAUGCCACUGGGUUCCCCAUUCAGAGAUGAGAUUAGUCUGGCAGUGUUGCAGCUGCAGGAGAAUAACAGGUUGGAGAUCCUGAAGAGAAGGUGGUGGGAGGGUGGGCAGUGUCCCAAAGAGGAGGACCACCGUGCCAAAGGUCUUGGGAUGGAGAAUAUUGGUGGUAUAUUUGUGGUGUUAAUCUGUGGGCUGAUUAUAGCCGUGUUUGUGGCUGUGAUGGAGUUUGUGUGGUCCACACGUCGAUCAGCUGAAACAGACGAGGUACGGCCUCUCUCCUGUGACCACCAAUAUCACAGUCACAAUACAGUGUCGGUGUGUCAAGAGAUGUUGACAGAGUUCCGGAACGCUGUCUCUUGCAGGAAGAGUUCUCGUCUGCGCCGCCGUCGACCCCUUUCCAGCUCUUUGGCCCUUCAUCACCCCACCCGUAUCACCCUAGGGGCCCCGCGGCCACUGCGCCUUGUCAGAGAGAUGCGGCUUAGCAAUGGAAAGCUCUAUAGUGGUACUGGACCCCUAACCGGAGGUUCAGAGGCUGGAGGAGCCCCCCCUGACAUGGGCCCCGGGCCUCAACGACUCCUGGAGGACCCUUUAGGUGCCAACAGCACCCCUGCAGUGGCCCUGGGUCCACCCGCAGUGACAGUGCCUCUGCCACGGGGCUGCACUCACGUGCGCAUCUGCCAGGAGUGCCGGCGUAUCCAGAGUCUCCGCACAACUUCCUGCACACGCAUCCCUCCCUCCUCAGCCCCUCUGCCGCGCCUGGCCCCGCCCCCUUCACACUCAUCCUCCAACACAGACAGCGAAGGGGGCGGGGGGCACAGCCCGUGCCGGAUAGGCCACUCCCCACCAGCAAAAGGCUGCACUUUAGCCCCACUUCAGUCUAGCAUCCACACAGAGCUACUGGGAGAGCAGAAAUGAGUCUUUGAGAGUAAAAGGAGAAGAGAGAUUGAAAGAGAGAGAGAGAGAGAGAGUGAUGAAGGAUGGAGUGCAAAGGGGAGAGAGAAUGUGACAUUUUUUUGCAAUGUUUGCCCUUAAUCAUGGAUUUCAAUCUUUUCCUUGGUGCAAGAGAAUCCUCCUUUUCUUUUGGGUAACCAUGCAUCAUAUUUAUGAAUCACAUUUCAGAAGAUUUCUUUUGGUACUAUUAAACUAUGUGCUAUACUAUACUACAAAGGUAAAGUGCAGUAGCUACACCAACACUGAAGCAGAAAAUGACUUCAAAUGCAAAAAUCCAGUUUUCUCUGAAUCAUAGUUGAGCCAAACCCAUCUGUAACAUGAUAGAUCAUAGUUUAAGAGACCUGAUUUCAUUCAUAACUCAGUUUUGAUAAAAAUGUGUAGUUACUGCAUUUUGCCUUUGCAUGGCAUUAUAACACUCCUGUAAAAAUAACCUUGAAAAAUGCGAUAGUAGGUCUAAGAAAAAAUAUCUGCCUUUGCCAGCCCACAACUAAAGAUUUAGAAGUUCUACCACUGUGAAUCUCAACAGAUCGCACAGGGAUAUUUAACUUCCUCCUGAUUCUGGUCUAAAGGCAGCACAGAGGCUCUCUCUCUUGCAUUGGCUGCAUUCUGUCUCUGAUCAGAGUCAAAAUGUGGCGCAGAUUUUCCCCUCUCAGACUGUACUCUCUCUAUGGUCACAUACACACAGGAAGUAGCACAGAGAUGCUCUCUUUUGGAUGUAAUUCUCUUAAUGAUACCAGAAAUAUCAGAGCCAGACUGCAACAGAACGAGAGCACACACUGUAAUGGAGGACAACGAAGCAAUGUGAAAUAUACUUGUUAAUUAAAAAGAUAUUCUAAACAGAUAUUCUUACUUUUCUGUACUAUACUUAUUUUUAAACUCACUGUCUGUGUAAUUUAAUUCCGGGGUUGUGUUGACUGAUUUGGAAAUUAAAAAUAGAGCUACUUUAUUGAUACUGGGGAGAUGAACUCUGACUGAAUUGUAUGUUAUUGGUAAGGAGGAGCUGUGUAUUCAAUAAAACUUGGACUUUGAUCUGUCUAAAUCAA